GAUUUCCCACAGAAAUUUUGCAGACAUGUCUUCUUCUUUAGAGCAAUUGGAAAAUCAUCUUGAAACAUUCAUUGAAAAUGUCCGCCAGAUUGGUAUUCUCGUGAGUGACUUCCAACCACAGGGCCAGCAGGUUCUCAAUCAGAAACUACAAAACAUGAUCAGCAACAUGCAGGAGAUCGACAAGCUGAGAUCGCCCGUGCAGGAGGUGCAUGUGCCCCUGGAAGUGUUCGAGUACAUUGAUGGUGGCCGGAACCCGCAGCUCUACACCAAAGACUGCAUGGAGAAAGCACUUGCUAAAAAUGAACAGGUCAACGGUCGGAUCCAAAGCUACAAGGCGUUCAAAGCAGGACUUCUGGUGGAGCUGUCACACGUCUUCCCCAACGAGAUGAACCGCUACAGAGCUGUCAGGGAGCUUUCUGAUAUUAAUUAAACUCUACUUCAAUCUUGAAAAAUGCUAUUUAUAUAAUCGAUCGGUGAAGGGAGAAUUUUUAGCGCAUUUUCUCAUUUAUGGAAAAAAUGCACUAUUGUGAUCGC